AAUGAAAUAAUUUCUUUACUUAUUUAUACAGGGUAACGCAUCCACUUGGACCCAACUUCUUCAUCACUGCCUAUUCCUUCACUGCCAGGGAUUCCAACAGGCCCUCUCAGAAGCAAACACGAGGCUAUAAUUGGAUGGGUUCUAUUUUCAAAAAUACUGCAUUUAGAACAUAUAAAUAACUGAAAUGUCGGGGUUGCCAUCAGAUGUAGAUUUAUACACAAUCCACGUGAAGAAUGUGAGUGAAGUCACCGUGUUUAUAUUGAUGGGCUUCAUAGGUGAUUUUGAGGUGCAAGUCUUCCUAUUUUUUCUCUUUCUAGCAAUCUAUCUUUUCACUCUGGUAGGAAAUUUGGGACUCAUUGUAUUGGUCAUUGGGGACUACCAGCUGCACAACCCUAUGUACUAUUUUCUGAGUGUGUUAUCAUUCUUGGAUGCCUGCUAUUCUUCAGUUGUCACUCCAAAAUUGUUGAUCAAUUUCUUGUCAAAGGAUAAAACUAUUUCAUUCCUUGGAUGUGCAGCACAGAUGUUUUUCUAUGUUACAUCUGGGACCACAGAAUGCUUUCUCUUGGCUGCAAUGGCAUAUGAUCGCUAUGUAGCAAUCUACAACCCUCUGCUGUAUUCAGUUAACAUGUCACCCAGGGUCUAUGUGCCGCUCAUCGUUGCUUCCUAUCUUUGUGGCAUUUUGAAUUCUUCAGUGCACACAGGGGCGGCAUUUACUCUCUCCUUCUGUGCAUCCAAUGAAAUUAGACAUUUUUUUUGUGACAUCCCUCCUGUCCUCGCCAUUUCUUGUUCUGACACAACCAAAAACCAUCUUCUAGUCUUCUACUUUACGGGCGUUAUUGAGAUAGUUACUAUCCUGAUUGUCCUGGUCUCCUAUGGUUUCAUUCUGUUAGCCAUUCUGAGGAUGCAUUCUGCUGAAGGAAGACGAAAAGUCUUUUCUACAUAUGGCUCUCACCUAACUGGAGUGUCACUUUAUUAUGGAACAGUCUUCUCCAUGUAUGUGAGACCAAGUUCCAGCUACUCUUUGGACCGGGACAUGAUAGUGUCGAUUUUUUACAGCAUUGUCAUCCCCAUGCUGAAUCCCAUCAUCUACAGUUUAAGGAACAAAGAUGUAAAAGAGGCAGUGAAAAGAGUGUUUGGGAAAAAUUGGUUUAUCAGUAAAGUAUAUCCUUCAGAUUAA